AUGGCACAAUCGCCGUGCACCUCGUCAUCAUCUUUCUCAAACGAGCCGGGUUUCGACUACAUUGUGAAUCUCAACGUUGGCGGGCGAAUCUUUGCGACCAGUUGUAAUACCUUGAGCUGGAUACCAGAUUCGUUCUUCACGAGUCUGCUGAGUGGAAGAAUGAAUAGUGUUCGCGAUGCCAGUGGCGCGAUUUUCAUUGAUAGAGAUCCCGAUGUGUUUCGAGUAAUUUUGAACUAUUUAAGGACGAAGCAAGUGGAUUUGGGAGGUCUAAAAGUGGCGACUCUGAAGCACGAGGCUCUCUUCUUCGGUCUAACCCCACUGAUUCGUCGUUUAACCCUUUGCGAAGAGCUUAGUUCCACGUCAUGCGGCUCCGUCUAUUUCUGCGGCAUGAUUCCGCCACCAGACAUGCCUCUAGAAAACCUGCCAAAUGAGAAGAGCCGUUCGCCAAUGUAUUCCGAGUCGAAUGAAUCUAAAAAGCCAAGCGGCGGGUCCCCAAGACAUCGUGUACAUUCCAAAAAGCAAUCUAGUGAUAUGAGUAAAUAUAUAAAAAACGAGUUAACCGAGUUGGCAAAGUCCAAAAGUCUACCGGAUCGAGACACGGAACCGCUGAAAGUCCGAAUGAUCCGUGCCCAUAUAUGCUCCAUUGUUGUGGCCUACUCCUACUUUGUCUGUGUCUAUAGAGUGACGGAGUGGAACACCUACAUUCUUCUCUGGAAAUCUCCACGUACCAGAACCUAUGUGACGCAUAUCGCAGUGAAUACAAAAAUCGCUGCUACUGUAGCAGAGAGGCUGGUAGCCGUUGCGUUUGCAGAUGACACAAUUGGCCUGUGGCAUAUUGAUGAUGAGGGAAAAACCGAGAAAAAAGGGUUGUUCUCUAUGAACGUCUCCAUUGACAAUUUGUUCUUUGUUGGCACCCAAAUGGUGGCUCUCAGCAAGUCGGGAAAAGUGGGAAUAUGGCAUUCGGCUACGCAGAACUGGCAGGCACAGGAUAUUCAACCAAUCUCGUGCUACGAUACCGCUGGAUCUUCUUUGAUACUUGGAUGUGCGAAUGGAAGUAUGAAUCAUAUCGAUAUGCAGAAGUUUCCGUUGAGAAUGAAGGAUAACGAUUUGCUAGUGACCGAGUUGUUCAGGGAUCCCAAUGGCGAUACGAUCACGUCUUUGUCAGUGUUUUUGACUCCGAAGACUUCUGCCUGCGGUAACUGGAUCGAAAUCGCCUACGGAACUUCCAAUGGAGUCGUCAAUCUCAUCCUCCAGCAUCCAGAGACUGCCGGUCAUCAGCCGGUUCUCUUCCAAAGCUACAACAUCCACAACUCCCCCGUGGUUCGAGUCUCCUUGAACACCGCCUAUCUCAUCAGUGUCUGCUCGGAAUAUAACCACGUUCGCUCUUGGAACGUCACCAGAUUCCGUGGAAUGAUCAACACUCAACCGGGAACUGUUCCUCUGGCAUCGUUCAAAGUUCUAACUUUGGAUUCUACUGAUGAGACUACUGAUAAACAAUACAACCAUCCUGGCCCAUAUGGAGAUCAGGAUUCGGAGCAGGUUCUGGUCCAGCGAGUCAUUCCAAAUGCACAGAAGCUUUUCGUUCGGUUAGCAUCGACUGGAGAAAGAAUUUGCACAGUUGAUUCUGUUGAAGACUCUCCAAUCACUGCAUUUUGUGUCCAUGAGCUCGAUGGUCAGAAGCUUGGAAGCCGUCUCCGUAAACAUCUUUUCUGUGGGAAUGGGAACGGAAGUGUUCAAGUCUGGGAUCUGACAUCAGCUCUGGAUCAGUUUCAUUUGAAGAAUGGAUCGAAUCCCGGUCACCAAGUGAACCCGCCAGCCGCUGCUAAUCAGGCGGAUCUGAUAAAAACCCAGUUGACACAAUCGCCAAGAUCAUUAAUCAGUUUGUCAAAUUACUCUGGCGGUCCAACCCCUCAGGAACUUCUUGACGUCAUAGACGACAACGACAUCUGCUGCUCGACACCAGCACUAUCCCGAUGUCCAUCUACCGCAUUUCAAUAA